AUGAUGGAGGGAUUUUACGGCGUUGAAGUUGCUUCUGGGCAGCAGGUGAAGCCGAAGAUUCCCGAGGAACACGCCCUCCGCCUGACGCAGCUUGCUCUUCCCGCCAAUGCCAGUGCUGCGAUUUCGCUCAUUGUUUCCUUUCAGGGGAAGCAGUUCACAAUCGCCACGCUUGACCCCAAGAAGAACCUCUUUCAGAUGAGUACCGAUCUUGUCUUUACGGAGCCCACGACGCUGACCGCGACAGGGGCGGGCUGUGUGCAUGUGACUGGAUACAUUCAGCCGGUCGGCAACGACAUGGACAGCUUUGACGGCCAAGACCUCAGCGACGAUAUGGACGAAGACGACGACGACAAUGACGACGAGGAUGUGGCUCAGAGGAAGAGGAAAACCGCGAAUGCCGCCCAUGCCGACGACGACGAACUCGAUGAGGAUGAUGACGACGACGAAGAGGACGAAGAAGAUGAUGACGACGAUGAGGAAGUUGAUGACGAUGAGGAGGAAUGCGAGCAGCCCACCAAGACAAGAAAUGGCAGGACCGCUGCCCACCCCGAUGAUGACGACGAAGAGGACGAAGAAGAUGAUGACGACGAUGAGGAAGUUGAUGACGAUGAGGAGGAAUACGAGCAGCCCACCAAGAUACAGCGCACCGAACAGGCUGGAUUCCGCGGUGGGAACCGCGGUGGCUUCCAUGGUGGACGCGGCGGUGAUCGUGGUGGCUUCCGUGGUGGACGCGGCGGUGAUCGUGGUGGCUUCCAUGGUGGACGCGGCGGUGAUCGUGGUGGCUUCCGUGGUGGACGCGGCGGUGAUCGUGGUGGCUUCCGUGGUGGACGCGGCGGUGAUCGUGGCGGCUUCCGUGGUGGACGCGGCGGUGAUCGUGGUGGCUUCCGUGGUGGACGCGGCGGUGAUCGUGGUGGCUUCCAUGGUGGACGCGGCGGUGAUCGUGGCGGCUUCCGUGGUGGACGCGGCGGUGAUCGUGGUGGCUUCCGUGGUGGUCGCGGUGGCAACCGCGGUCGGCGUUAA